AUGGAUAGAACAUCUCUGGCAAGUCUUCCAGAUGAUAUUGUUCUAGAUAUUGUCGAGCAUCUCGACACAGCUCGUGACGUAGCUCACGUUUCCGCCUUGACGAAGCAUCUUCAAAGCCUCAUACGCCAAGAUGGUUGGCGUAUCUUCGUCAAGACUCGGUUCCCAUCCCUGCAAAUAGAUACAAAUUCAGGGACUCGCUGGGGUUCUGUUGCAGAUCGUGCAACGUACUUGGAUCGCUGCUGGGAGAAACGCGGUUUCUGGGUCAAUGUGUUGCAUGAAAAGAAGAAUCAGCCAGAAAGAUUCCAGCGUCGAGUUGCUGGAAGUCAGUCAGUGCUGUUCCAUUCUGUUCUCGAUGCGCGGCUAAUGUCUUCGCUGAACAACGAGGUUAUUGCUGCCGGCGUUGGUGAGAAUCUCAUGGUUUGCAUAAAACCUGUUGAUGGACAGCAAGAUGCCUGGUAUCAGAUUGGGGGCCACAAUCAUGGAUAUCGGGCGGGCACUGGGGACGUUACAGCAACUUCUGUCACAGAGAAUGACGGGAUACCCAAUAUUGUCGUCGGGAGGGCCAAUGGAGACAUCAGCAUACACUCUGGCAAAGACAAGUUUGCAACAAUCGCAAAACAGUUGAACCCAACGGACGAGGCACUUCUAAGCCAUGCUUCCGAUCCUAUAAGAAAAUCCCCAGGUCAAGUGGCAGUCUCAUCUCUACAGUGGCAUCACGAGACGAAUCUCCUGGUAAGCGGGAAGGGCUCGGUUUUGACUCUCUACAAUCUUGGUGUGUCAGAUGACCAAGUACUGAACCCUUUGGAUUACCAUGAAUUCUCCAAGGCCAGUCCCGCAGACGAGGCGUCUCUCCUACGCAGCACCAAGUUCAUGGGCAAAGAUAUUAUGGCUUGCGCCUUGGGCGGAACUCGAAAUCCUCUGCGUUGGGGGCAGCUUACACCGACCGGCCUACAAUUCUUCAACGCUCAUAGUAACUCUAUACUUGUAGAUAUCCGAACACCUUCGCCACAAGACGCGAUAUACCGUGAUCGCUUUCAACCCUACCAAGCAGGUAGUUCUCUGCUUGUGUAUGGUACAGAGCGUUUCGUAUCCGGCAGCAACACAGCACCGGAUAUCCGUCUAUUUGACUUCAGGUACCCGAAGCCAUAUCAUCACACAACUGCUCUUCCAUGCUCGCCACAAUGGCCGUUUCCCAGCCAGAAGGAUGACCACAUUAUGAAGCAAGGAUGGGCGCCAGAGCAUCAGCCACAGAAAUGCGAUCCUCAAAACGGGGUGUUGUGCUACUGGCAUGGAGCUUCAAGACGAAACUACUGGCGUCCCGAUGCCACCAUUCAUAUUGGCAGUCCCACAUAUGACAGGAUCUAUUGUCUAGCCAAGGCUUCUGAUCUUUCAGAUACCAUAUACUGUGGCGUUCGGGGUGCCAUUCUCGAGAUGAAUCUCCAUCUCACGGAGGACAUGGUGCAUAACUAUAACCAACGAACUACUCCCACAGAUUGGAGCAUGGGAAGACCUGGAGGCAAAAUCUCGCUGAUCGAGACGGGUGUGAGCCUCACCCAGACGAAGGAGUGGUCGCUUGAUAAUCGCGGUGUGCCAGAGCUCAUCGUCCAGCAGCCUCGGCCUCGAAAACGAAUAGAAUUAUCAGAUGAUGAAAAGAGACACCGUUUGGACUAUGCGUUUCAUAGAUCCUAG